AUGGUGGGGCAGAGCCCCCUGGACCCCAGCGAGAGCAGGACCGCCGUCCUCCUGGAGCCCUUUGUCCACCAGGUGGGCGGCCACAUGAGCAUGAUGAAGUACGACGAGCACACGGUCUGCAAGCCCUUGGUCUCGCAGGAGCUGAGCUUCUACGAGUCGCUGCCCUUGGCCAUGAGGCAGUUCACCCCCCAGUACAAAGGCAUCGUUUCCGUGCACCUCAGAAAGGACAGCCUCGGCAACCUGACCCUAAUCGCCAGCCCCAGCCUGCAGGCGGAGAGCCGCGGCCGGCUGGAUAACACCAUCGGCGACUCCUCGGUGACCAUAUGGCACAAAUGCAAGUGGGCUGCCAGCACCAGCACCGGCAGCGAGCACACGCUGGUCCAGUGGAGUCACACGCAGCUCAGCAAGACCUUCAAAGACAGCUGCCCGGGGAAGAUGCUAUUGAGGACAGACCUUCAGUACCGCACAGAUUCACUUUUGGAAGAUGCAAAUGGAAACCAGCCAGAAAGGAACAGCUACAACCCCUGGGGACUGCACUGUCACAGGCAGCACCUGAACCGCAUGUCCUCCAAGCAUAAUGAGAACAAACUUCAUCAGUUUCUAUUGCUUGAAAACGUGGUAUCAAAAUACAACUAUCCCUGCAUCCUGGACUUAAAGAUGGGAACCCGGCAGCACGGCGAUGACGCCUCGGAGGAGAAGAAAGCCCGGCACAUCAAGAAGUGCGAACAAAGCACCUCUGCCUCUCUGGGCGUUCGCAUCUGCGGGAUGCAGGUUUACCAAGCAGACACCGGCCAUUUUCUCUGCAAAGACAAGUAUUACGGCAGGAAGCUCUCACCGGAGGGAUUCAGGCAAACCUUGCGCCAGUUCCUGUGCAACGGGAACCACCUCCGGACGGAUCUCCUGGAGCCCAUCAUCCUGCGGCUAAAGGCUCUGCUUUCCGUCAUCAGGAAGCAAAGCUCUUACAGGUUCUACUCCAGCUCACUGCUCAUCAUUUAUGACGGACAGGAGCACAAAGAGAACACGGCACCCUUGGAUAAUCACCUUCGCUUCCAGAAAACACACUGCACCCCGUCCCACGGCACUAAUCACUCCAGAGUCGACGUCCGGAUGAUAGACUUUGCCCACACCACUUUCAAAGGCUCCCAGUGCAAUCCCACCGCUUACGACGGGCCAGACCACGGCUAUAUUUUUGGCCUGGAGAAUCUCAUCAAAAUCCUUCAGAAUAUCUCAGAAGGCAAGUGA